GGUGUUUUAUUGCUAUGCUUGAUUUGUUUUAUUUGAUUCCAGAGUUCAAAAUGUUUCCGGUCUUGUUUGCUGUCGUGAUAAAUAUAAGUAGAAAAAAAAUAUUUAAGAAGGAAUGAAAGCAAUAGUUGAAUGUCAGUUAAUACAGACCAUGAUAAUUUCUGUUACCCAAUUAGAGUUGAUGUAAUCUGUCAUUAUAGUAUUUUAUUAUUAUGCUUGAUUUGUUUUAUUUGAUUCCAGAGUUCAAAAUCUUUCCUGUCUUGUUUGCUGUUGUGAUAAAUCUGACUAAAAAAAGUUGGGGGAAAAAAAGCAAUCAUAAAAUGUCAGUGACAGUUGAGGAUGAACGCAAUCUUUCCGUCAUGUGUCAACGUGAUGACGACAUACGUGGCGCUGAAGCCACGUGACUCCUUCACCUGUGCCCAACCUGUUUAUCUCCGCUGCUCCACCGCGUCGCCGCUCAACGAGGCAUUCAAACUGUUUCCACUGAGAGUUUGCCAUUUUUCGCUUGUUUUUCAGAGUAAACGACACCAUCUGUGGCGGCUUUUGGAUGUUUUCUUGUCGCUUUUGCUCGACUUUUUUGCUCGCUGACUGUGCGGACUUUGACCUCGGUGAGGCACCUGUCUCAAACAAGGAAGUCUAGCCUGUUGAGUCGGAUGAAGUCGACGGGCCGUUUGUAAAUGGCAUUAAAUGGACACUUUGCGUUAUUCUGAAAGGUGUCUUUUAUUCUUAAUGUUUAUCCCGUAACGUUGGUUUGUGGACUGUUUGUGUACAGUGUCGUUUAAACGGGAUAAAGCUGCUUCCUCUUUCCACUUUACAAGAUGAACAUUUCUCCGGAAGACAUGGAUUCAUCGGCCGAAAAUAAUUCCAUUGUGCACCUGGCUGCACCAAUUCUCCCAGACAAGUCAGACAUCUCCAAUAUGACCAUUAUCCGGACAAGCAACGGUUCCAUUAUCGAGGAUGAGAUGUUUUUAAACACAGUGGCUGCUCAGGCCCUCUCAGGGAUAUUUGUCUGGUCUGCCUUGCUCAUAACAUGCCACCAGAUCUAUACACACCUUCGAUCCUACACCGUCCCUAAUGAGCAGCGCUACAUCAUCCGCAUCCUGUUUAUUGUGCCAGUUUAUGCCUUUGAUUCUUGGCUCAGCCUCCUCUUCAUCAGCAACAACCAGUAUUACGUCUAUUUUGAUUCUGUUCGGGACUGCUACGAAGCUUUUGUCAUUUACAAUUUCCUGAGCCUGUCCUUUGAGUAUCUGGGAGGAGAGAGUGCAAUCAUGUCAGAGAUCCGAGGGAAGCCCAUCCAGUGAGUGCUCUCUGUUGGUU